AUGGCGGAAGACAAUCCUAGUGGUGGUUGGAGCACGAUCGAGUCUGAUGAGGGAGUCUUUACCUCUUUAAUCGAACAACUGGGGGUCAAGGGAGUCCAGUUUGAAGAGCUGAUAUCACUGGACCCGGAAUCUAUUCGAGCGUUGAGUCCCGUAUACGGCGUUGUCUUCCUCUUCAAAUGGAUAGGCUCAUCGUCCGAGAGCAAGAACACACCACAAGAUGGCUCGUACGACCCCGCAGCGGUUGAAGAUGAGGGUCUUUUCUUCGCAGCCCAAACCAUUCAGAAUGCUUGUGGCACCCAAGCCAUCCUAUCGGUGAUACUGAACAACGACGCCUCGAGCAACCCGUCAUCGUCGGGUGCAGACUCAACCCAGGCACGCAUUGACAUAGGGCCGUCGCUGCAAGAGUUCAAGGACUUCACAACGGGCUUUGACCCUGCUUUACGGGGAGAGUCGCUUUCAAACUCGGACCUGAUACGGGAAACACACAACAGCUUUGCAAGAUCCAGCCCAUUUGCCGACGAGGUGCAACGUGACCCCAAUGCUGGCACGGAAGAUGUCUUUCACUUCAUUGCGUACACAUGUCACCAUGGCAAGCUAUACGAGCUGGACGGGCUGCAGCCGUAUCCAAUCUCACACGGAGACUGCACACCCGAUACCUUCCCCGAGAGGAUAAUCCCAGUACUUCAACGACGGAUCGAGAGAUACCCCCCUGGAGAGGUCCGAUUUAAUCUGAUGGCCGUCUGUCAAGAUCAAAGAAUCAAAGCGCAAGAGUUCCAGGACUCGGAAGGCCUAGACCGUGAAAGACGGAAACGAGCACAGUGGGACUGGGAGAAUGCUCUACGAAGGCACAACUUUGUCGGUUUCACGGGUGAAGUGCUCAAGGGGGUGGUCGAGAUGAAAGUCAAGGAAGGCUCGUAUGAUGCUUGGAUUGAGGACGCAAAGGCCGCCACGCGGAAGAAUCUACAAGAGCGACAUGCAUGA